AUGGAUCGUCCACGGGCAAAAACGCAGAGUUUGAUGCCCAGCCUUACGUCUUCUCGAUAUUUUACCAAUUCGACCACAUCUCGAAGCGACACGCCGGGUUCUUCGCGUUCCCACGCUGUCCGGCGUCCGCAGCAGAGCACCACUCCGAGUGCUACUACUUCCAGGCGGCAUCAAGCGACGCAUUCCUCUGCCAACUCUGUAUCACAAUCAACACCUAAUUGGAACCAGUUAGACAUAUUGACUUCACUCAGUCGCCCCACCACUGCUUCUGGUCGAAAAUCGCGUGCUACCAAUGCUUCGUCCGUUCUAGGAAUGGGGGAGGCCCAUACCAUUGUCUGUGCAGUCUGCGAAGCUCGUGGCGUUUCCCCAUCUGUCGGCAUUGCUUUUGUGAACACAUCUAUAGGUGAAGCCAUUCUAAGUCAAAUAUGCGAUAACCAGUCCUACGUGAAGACUCUCCACAAAAUACGCAUUAAUUGGCCGUCUCGAAUCGUUUGCUUGGCCCAAGGAACGAAAUCAACUAGCCUGACGCCGCUUCUCCGUUCCAUGUUUGCCGGUAUCCCCGUUGAUGAGACCGAUCGUUCCUUUUGGUCCGAGUCCGAUGGCUUGGCAUACAUCAACAAAUUGGCGUUCGAAUCUGAUAUUCAGCCGAUCCAAGUCGCUAUUCAAGGCAAAUAUUACGCCGUGAGCGCUCUUGCUGCAGCCAUGUCGCAGAUAGAACACCAGUUCUCCAUAACGUUUGCGCCACACUCGCUACGGCUACGCUACCAACCCUCAGAUGACACCAUGAUGAUUGACAUAUCCGCGAUCCAAUGCUUGGAAGUUGUUCAAAACAGUCAUUCUACCAAAUCAAAGGACAGCUUAUAUGGCUUACUCAACAAUUGCGCUACGCCAAUGGGGAAUCGAAUGCUGCGCAGUAAUAUCCUUCAGCCGCCGACGCUCUACGAAUCGUUCAUGGCCCCACGCUACGAGGCUGUGGAGGAGCUAACAAUAAAUGAAGAAAUGUUUUUAGAAAUUCGAAAGGCUUUGAAAAACUUUCUUGAUGUCGAGAAACUACUGACCAAGUUGAUCACCAUCCCCGUGAUCUCAGCAAUCUCUCAAGCAGAACAGCAGAUAAAUCAGGUUCUGAUGAUCAAGUCGUUCUUGGAAGCAGCCAAGGAUCUUUACGUAGCCAUGAACCCCGCGACUGCUCCUCUCCUCGUCAAAAUUCGGGAGCUCUGUAGCUUCGAAAAAAUUGCCACAGUGUUACAGAAGAUCACGACGGUGUUGGAAUCCGACGUAGCAUAUACGAAAUCAGCUCUUGACCUAAGAAACCAGCGAACUUUCGCCGUACGGUGUGGUAUUAGCGGUGUGUUGGAUGUCUCACGCCAGGCGUACAAGGAAUUAACACAGGAGAUUCACCAUUAUGUCGAGCAACUCAACGAGAAGUACAGUGUGGUUGCGACGCUGAAAUACGACAACGGCCGAAAGUACUGGCUCAAGCUAAGCAUCGGUGACUACAACAGUGUUGAUCCACCUGGUCUCUUCAUCAAUGUCGCCAAAAAGCGAGGUGCUAUCGAGUGUCAAACUCUUGAUCUCGUCAAACUGAAUAUGCGACUAUCGGACACCUCAAAUGAAGUAGUUUUUCGCAGUGAUGCCAUUAUUGAGCAGUUGAUUGCCGGCCUGCAAGCAGACGCAUCUCAUCUCUUCAAAAUGUGCGAAUCGGUCGGCCUCAUGGAUAUGCUUGCUUCUUUCGCCCAGAUAAGUACGACACGCGACUAUAUACGACCAGAAAUUACCAACAGGUUGGCACUAAAGUCGGCCAGGCACCCAAUAGUUGACAAGAUACUGGCAGAAAAGUUUGUACCGAACGACUACUUUGCCACAGAACAGCAUUGCUUCCAUAUUGUGACAGGAUUUAACAUGGGCGGCAAAAGUACUUACAUACGAGCCAUCGCGCUACUUCAGAUUAUGGCCCAGGUUGGCUGCUUUGUUCCCGCCGAAUACGCUUCUUUUUCCGUUGUCCACAACAUAUUCACCCGCAUUUCAUUAAACGAUAACAUAGUAGCAGGACUGUCCAGCUUUUCGGUCGAAAUGCGCGACAUGGCAUUUAUCCUACGCAAUGUAGAUCAGCAAAGCAUGGUGAUUAUCGAUGAGCUUGGCAGAGGCACCAGCACGCGCGACGGGCUUGCAAUUGCCAUUGCCAUGGCAGAAGCACUAAUCCAGUCCAAGGCAUUUGUCUGGUUUGCGACGCAUUUUCUUGACCUUGCAUGCGUUUUGGCAAACCGACCUGGCGUUCUGAACUUGCACCUAGCAUCCGACUGCGCCAUCAGCGAGGAUGGGGUGCCGCACGUAACCAUGCUAUACAAGACCGAAAGAGGUCCCGAACGUGACGAGCAGGAUUACGGCAUCAAUCUCGCCAAGGCCAUGGGACUUCCACAAACCAUCAUUCGAGAAGCGGAAGAGUUUGUGCGCGCAAGUAGACUGCGAAAGGAAGCAAACAAGCAGAACACAGAAGCGGAGAAGUUACAGAGACGCCGCCAGUUGAUCCUCGGUCUGCAUGAAGCAUUGAAGCAAGCGCGAGUUGAUGGUGCCGAGGAUGCUUUGCCAGGCUACCUCAAGCAGCUGCAGCAUGAAUUCGUCACUCAAAUGGCAGCCAUUGAAGAUGGCGACUGA